AGUCAUUCUGAAAACUAGUUUAGGAGAGACAAGACGGUACUCGACGUUCAACGUUUUAUUGAGUGAAAAUGGAAGGAAAUUCGGAAGAAAAUCACCACAAUGGCGCUGCGUACGCUCCCACAUUGAAAAUGACAAACAAGAAAAAGAAGUCUAAAGCGUGUGGAUUCUUGGGAGGAGAAAAGAAAGUGCCGAUAACGAAAGGUGGCGCGCUAAAGAUGAAAGACGAGAGAAAGCAGGCAGACGACCAUGUUUCCAAGGAUUUUGAUGCAAUGGCAAGUGAAUUGGAAGCUGAAAAGUCUCUAACUGCUGAGCUACGUAAGGAGUUGGAGAAAAUUCGAAAGGAAAAAGAGCUGCUUGAAACAUCAAACAAGCCUUCGUCUGUGACAGCUGGGACGACCAGUGAAGUCGAUGAUCAGAGCUUGAGCGACAUUAGUGUUCUUGAUCAUCAUGUUUAAUUUUGCAGUGUCAGCUACGUUGUGGUACGGAAAAUAAAUACGACGGUCCAGGCCAAACCAUCCAGAUCCGGAUCAAUCAGUUUAGGAAGCUGCUGCUGUCUGGCAGCGAGCUGAGAUGGGUAACAAUAAACGACUCUCUGGGCUAUACGCAACGCUCAAAUAUAAGACGACAGACUCGCAGUUGAUGGAAUCCAGGAUGUGAACCGUAAACCUCGCCGUAAACCGACAAUCGAAUUGCAAGUCGUAAUAGUGGAGGCCCUAUUGUGUGGAACUUCAACGAAGAUUAGGGUGCCAGCGGUAAAUCCAGUUGGAUAUUCUCGUCGGUGUGAGAGUAAGUAACAUCUCGUACCAAACUAACCUAGGGCCACCAGGUAUUUGCUCGCCACUAAAAGACAGGCAUCAACCGGUGUACAGAUGUGAGUGACCGAUAACAACAAUCCGAAACUGCCUUCGAACAAGUGGCAAGGAAUGUGUCUCCGGAGUUUGUCAUUCGAUACUCCUGUCUCGACUCCUGUAGCAUGGUCAAGCAACGGCAAUAAUGUUCACGCUGGAGGAAACUUGUUGCAAAAAUGUUGCCAAUGUUGCCACUAGCACGUCAGGCGGGUCAGCAGCACUUCACCCGGA